CCUCCUUUGGGCGGCCCUAAGGAAUCCACCAAACUUGGUGGCAACAAGACCGCACAUCCCGAACACGGGCAGACGGCGGACGCCAACUCCAACAUGCGCGCCGCUGCGUGCAGCCCAGCUAGCUCUUCUCAUAUUGGCAGUCCUCUCCAUCCUCUCUGCACAUCCUCUCUUUCUCGCGAUGUAGUUUUGUCUGUCUUUGCUUCACGACAUUCGUUUCAUCAUCUUCUGUGCGCAGUCACAGCGCUCCAUUCCCUUUUCGUAUCGAGACAUUCCUCGAAUCCUGAUUUGGAUCCCCCGCGAAGAUCUCGAGUCUUGGAUGCAGCCUCCCCCAUAAUAAAACCUGCAACCACUAAUUUCCUCUUCGAUUUCGAGAAAGACGCCGUGAGAGCUCACAACAAGCCCUUCCGACCUUCCACACGCUCCUUCUUCAAUACCACACUUCACCAUGCGUAUCUCUGCGACCGUCCUGCUCGCAGCAGCAGCAGCAACCCUCACAUCCGCUACACGCUCCUCGAAACGGGGUCUGGUCUUCGUGCCUUCCGAAAAACACCCUACGGACAACCAAAUAUGGGUUGGUGGCAACAGUGAUCUGACAUGGUACUACAACUACCAAGUGGCUCCCUCACCGGCAUACUCCAACCGCACACAGAGCGAAUUCGAGUUCGUGCCUAUGCUCUGGUCACCCACCACCACCUUCUUAUCUCAAGUUAAAUCCAUGAUAUCAGGAGGGAGGAAUAUCACGCAUAUCUUGACGUAUAAUGAACCAGACGGAACAUCGUCCACUGGAGGAAGCAACGUCCAACCGGCGGUAGCAGCAGCGAACUGGAUCUCGCAAGUUGAGCCUCUGCGGAAAUUGGGCGUGAAGACGGGUGCUCCCGCGGUGACCGGCAGCCCGUCAGGCUUCACCUGGUUACAGAUGUUCUUCGAUGCCUGCCACAGCCAAGGGACGAACUGUACUGCGGACUUCUUCCCAGUUCAUUGGUAUGGGAAUUUCGAGGGAUUGGCUUCCCACGUCGGCCAGGUGGCUGGAACUUACCAAAACAAGAGCAUUUGGAUCACCGAGUAUGCUCUCAACAAUCAGUCGCUCUCUGAUACCCAGUCCUUCUACAACACGUCCGCCGAAUAUUUCGAUCGUAUUUCUUAUAUCGGCCGCUAUUCGUACUUUGGCUCAUUCAGAAGCGAUGUCAGCAACGUUGGACCCAACGCUGCGAUGUUGACGCAGAAGGGGCAGUUGACGGAUAUUGGGAGUUGGUACCUAGGUGGUGCGGCUACGAACAACAUCCCUUCACCAUCAAGCUUUGGAGUGAAGGUUGUGCCUGGAAUUGGAGCGAUGGUCGUUGCAUUCGUCGCUGAGUUGUGCGUACUGUAAUGAGGAUAUGGUUGGAUGAUGGUGUAUAUAGGUUGGGGCGUUACAUGUUGGCAUGGUAUAUACGGUGACCUCAUUCUUGGGCGUGUUGGAGUGUAAGUAGAGGGAUAUGUUUGGCAUAUAUAUACUUUAAUAGUAAAAAUAAAGUUCUGGUCUCACUGCACGA